AUGUCUACCACUGAUGAAGAAUUAGCCACGUUGUUUGGCAAAGUUGGGUUUGAUGAAGCAAAAUCCAAGGAAAUCUUGAAGAACAAAAAGGUUUCGCUCUCUUUGGCUCAGAUCAUCGAAGAGGUUGAAGCUGAUGAGCCACUAAGCAAGAGUAAGACGGCCUUGUUGCACAAUUUGGCCACCCUGGUCAAAGGCGAGAAUUUGCCCAAACGAGAACUUAUUACCAGGGCCAUUGCUGAUGAGAGAUUGACUACAAAUUUGCAGGUGUCAGAGGCUUACAAGUAUGUCAAAGAGGCCAAAGAGUCAAGUACCGAAGAAGGUAUGAACGUUCGUUCUGGUGUUGGUAUUGUGAUAACCAGGGAGCAAGUGGAUGAGGAGGUUGCAAAGUACAUCAAUGACCACAAGCAAGAAAUUGAAACCAAGAGAUACUCCUGUGUCCCUGCAUUGUUAGGGAACAUCAAGGCUUUACCUCAAUUGAAAUGGGCUUCUCCUGCCUUGUUCAAACCAAUUAUAGAUGAACAAGUCCUGAAGUUACUGGGUCCCAAGGAUGAAAGAGAUGUGGUGAAAAAGGAGAAAAAGAAGAAGGCUAAGCAACCUGAAACUGCAACUAAGCAAUCAGCUGUUACUGGUGACGUUAAACAAAGAUCCAUGUUUUCUGAAGGCUUUCUAGGUGAUUUGCAUAAGCCUGGUGAGAACCCACAAAUGUGGCCGGAAUUGAUGAAAGAGCAUUUGAAAGUUACUGGAGGUAGAGUUUUCACCAGAUUCCCGCCAGAACCAAACGGAUAUUUGCAUAUUGGACAUUCUAAGGCUAUCAUGGUCAACUUUGGAUAUGCCAAGUACCACGACGGAGUCUGUUAUCUUCGUUAUGAUGACACCAACCCAGAGGCAGAAGAGGAAAAGUAUUUUGUUUCCAUCAAGACUAUGGUAGAGUGGCUCGGUUUUAAACCAUGGAAGAUAACCUACUCCUCUGAUUAUUUUGAUCAGUUGUACGAACUUGGUGAGAAACUGAUCCAAGUUGGAAAGGGCUAUGUUUGUCACUGUACUGCCCAAGAAGUCAAGUUACAAAGAGGAAUGAAGGAGGAUGGUACCCCUGGUGGUAAAAGAUUUGCCUGUCCUCAUCGUGAAAGACCGGUUGAAGAAAGUCUGCAGGAGUUUAGAAACAUGCGAGAUGGUAAAUACCAAAGCGGUGAGGCAACUCUUAGAAUGAAGCAAGAUUUGGAAUCUCCUUCUCCUCAAAUGUGGGAUCUUGUUGCUUACAGAGUGCUCAACGCUCCUCAUCAUAGAACUGGUGACAAGUGGAAGAUUUAUCCCACUUAUGACUUCACGCACUGCUUGGUAGAUAGUUUUGAAAACAUUUCACACUCCUUGUGCACAACUGAGUUCCAACUUUCUCGUGAAAGUUAUGAAUGGCUAUGCGAUGUUCUUCAUGUUUAUAGACCUGCCCAGAGAGAGUAUGGAAGACUGAACAUUACUGGUACGAUUCUUUCCAAAAGAAAGAUUGCCAAGCUUGUUAAUGAAGGUAUUGUUAGAGGCUGGGAUGAUCCGAGAUUGUUUACUUUGGAAGGAAUCAAAAGAAGAGGUGUUCCACCGGGAGCAAUUUUGUCAUUCAUUAACACUUUGGGUGUUACAACCUCGACAACAAACAUUCAAGCUACACGUUUUGAAAGCGCUGUGAGAUCCUACUUGGACGUAACUACUCCCAGACUAAUGAUGAUUUUGGAUCCUGUUCUUUGCGUUAUCGACAACGUUGAUGACACAUUCGAAGAAAAAAUUACCAUACCUUACAAGCCUGGUGACGCCAAGCUGGGUGACAGAUCUUUAACCUUCACCAAAGAGUUCUACAUUGAUAGAUCUGACUACAGGGAUGAAACCUCCAAAGACUACUUUAGAUUGGCUCCUGGCCAACCAGUUGGUUUGAUGAAGGUUCCAUUCACUGUAAGUGUCAGCUCUGUUGAGAGAGACGACCAUGGAAAGGUAACAACAAUUCACGUAAACUACGACAAAGUGGAAGGUAAACCAAAGAAACCAAAGACGUAUAUACAAUGGAUUCCAAAGUCUACGAAACAGAACUCCCCCGUUCACAUCAAAGAAACGCGUAUUCACAACGUUCUGUUCAACUCAGAGAACCCUUCAUCUCAUCCAGAUGGGUUUACUAGUGAUAUUAAUAAGGAUUCUGAGGAAGUUAUCACAACUGCUAUCAUCGAACCAGCAUUCUUUGACAUUAAGAGCAGAUCCCCCCUUAAUCUCCCUACUGUAAACGAAGAAUUCAACAUCAAGGAACAACCCAACACCCCAGAGUCUAUUAGAUAUCAGGCUCUACGGGUGGGUUACUUCUGUGUCGAUAAAGACACUAACGGAGACCAGGAGAUAAUUCUGAACCGUAUUGUUACAUUGAAGGAAGAUUCUUCCAAAGAUUAA